GCGACCAAACACGCUUCCAACCACCACCACCAUCCAGUCUGACCUUUCGUCCUUUCUUUCACAGCUCACAUACUUCACCCAUUUUUAUUCACAGAGCCCCCUAGGGACUCUUGCAUAUUCCAAAAAUGAUGACGCCUAUGCGUUACAUUUUGCUCGUGCUGGGCAUGAUUAUCAGUUUACAUUAUAUAAUGAGCUUUUCUCAUGAAGGAUACGGAAAUAUGACCUCUAUCACGCGGUUGACAGAAAAACUAGCGAAGCCGAAUGCAGAGCCUCCCUACCGAACACCAGUACCAGAGGACUACUACAAACCCACAGGCUCGCCAUCCUCACCAGAUAGGAAAGCAAACGCAACAUUCGUCAUGCUCGUCCGCAACAGUGAUCUAACAGGAAUCAUGAGUAGCAUGAGACAGUUGGAGGAUAGAUUCAACCGCAAAUUCAACUAUCCCUAUGUCUUCCUCAACGAGCAGCCGUUCUCAGACGAUUUCAAGAAACAUAUUACUGCUCUCACCGACGCUCCUGUUGAGUUUGGUCUCAUACCAGCUGAAGAUUGGUAUCAGCCCGAUUGGAUUGACGAAGACCGAGCAACCAAGGCGAGAGAAGAUAUGGUGAGGGAAAAUGUCAUAUAUGGGGGUAGUGUGCCGUACCGAAACAUGUGUCGUUUCAACUCUGGCUUCUUCUACAAACAAGAGCUCCUACAGAAAUACAAGUAUUACUGGAGAGUAGAACCAGAUGUCAAAUUCUUCUGCGACCUUGAUUAUGACCCUUUCCUAGUCAUGCAGGAUGAAAAGAAGGUCUACGGGUUCACGGUAUCACUUUUCGAGUACCCAACCACUAUCCCUACACUUUGGAACAGUGUUAAAGAAUUCAUAAACUCCAACCCCACCCUUGUCUCACCUGACAAUGCGAUGGCAUUUUUGAGCGACGAUGGUGGAGAAUCGUACAACCGCUGUCAUUUCUGGAGUAAUUUCGAAAUUGGGGAUCUAGACUUUUGGAGAGAUGUGCCUUACUCCAAGUUCUUCGAUUUCCUUGACGAAAAAGGCGGAUUCUACUAUGAGCGCUGGGGUGAUGCUCCCGUUCACAGCAUAGGUGCUGCCCUGUUUGCGAGAAAAGACCAAAUACAUUUCUUCAACGACAUUGGCUACCGCCACGAGCCUUUCCAGCAUUGUCCUCAGGGCGAUGCAAACAGUCGAGGAAGGUGUUGGUGUGACCCUACACAAAAUUUUGACUAUGAGUGGUAUUCCUGCUUGAACAAAUACGACAAACUAUUUAGUUGAUGGGUGAAAGAUGAGGUAAGUAUAGGGGGAAGGAGUGAUACAUAUAUAGUAGAGUAGUUCUUGACACGUCUUGGAAAAUCAAUUAAGAUAUAAAUGCAGUCCAUUGUCCCUGUAUACCCAUUUUCAUCCACAAUGCAAGGCGUAACAACCAGCGCAUUCAAUUGAUUUGGCGAUGUGUUCUACCAGAGAAUAUGUAUGUCAAUGCCUGUCACCCAGUCUAAAAAAUACAUCUGCUCGCUCGUGACUAGUCGUGACUCAUAGAAUGGACUGUGAAUAAUAUUGAUAAGAGUCGUAAAGUCGUGUCCAAUUGGAUCCCAGUGAAGUUUCAAUGAGACGAUCAAUAUAUUCUCCCACCAAUGAAUGUGUGAGAGCUGGCUGAAAUCGUUCUCGAAGCUGAGCAGCCGUCAGCUGGCCAAAAGCAGCGAAGCAAGGCAGGGUCGAAUCUUUUUGCAUCAGCUCAACCAGGGUGAUAAUCCUAUCACAAUGUUUCCUAGCACCUUCG